CUAUUAUGGGUCAGGAGCUGUGUGCAAAGAGGCUACAGCCAGGAUGCCGUUGCUACCACCGUUCCGAGGGAGGGGAGGCGCACAGCUGUCUGAGAAGCCAGCCGGGGAGCGCCGAGGCUGCUGCGUUGGAGCUAACGGACAUAAAAGGAGCAUCGUGUUCAAAGUCUUCAUUUCACCCCAGGGGACACCAGGCUGGCGGUGGCCAGAAGUUGGAGAGUAAAAGGCCACGGAGUAACAGUGAUUCUUUUCAGGAAGAGCAUCUGAGGCAGGGGUUGCCAUGGAAGAAGAGCCCCCCUUUUGGAGCAGCCUCAUCUUACUUGAACUUGGAGAAGCUGGGCGAAGGUUCUUAUGCCAAAGUUUACAAGGGGAUUAGCAGGAUAAAUGGACAACUAGUAGCCCUAAAGGUCAUCAGCAUGAACGAGGAGGAGGGUGUCCCUUUCACAGCCAUCCGGGAAGGUCCUGCGCAGGUAGCCACAGCUGCUGGAGUGUAUGAGUGCAGCCGCCAUUUCAUGUCCAGGAGACGGGGCGCAGGCUGCAUCUUUAUUGAAAUGUUCCAGGGUCAACCUUUGUUUCCUGGGGUUUCCAACAUCCUGGAACAGCUGGAGAAGAUCUGGGAGGUACUGGGAGUCCCUACAGAGGAUACCUGGCCUGGAGUCUCCAAGCUGCCUAACUACAAUCCAGAAUGGUUCCCGCUGCCUAAGCCUCAAAGCCUGCAGAUUGUCUGGAGCAGGCUGGGUAGAGUUCCUGAAGCCGAAGACUUGGCCUCCCAGAUGCUAAAAGGCUUCCCUAGAGACCGCGUCUCAGCACAGGAAGCACUCGGUCAUGAUUAUUUCAGUGUCCUGCCAUCCCAAUUGUACCAGCUUCCUGAUGAGGAGUCUCUGUUUGCUGUUUCGGGCGUGGAGCUAAAGCCAGAAGCGUGUGACCUUUCGGCCUCCUGCAGGACGGGUCACUACCUACCCGGGUUCAACAAAUGUUGGUGAGAAGAAAAGGGCUACAGCCAUGCUGUUUCAUUGCCUCCGCUGACUCUGAAGCCUUCGUGCCCUGUUCCCUUCUGGACCAGAGAUCCUUGUUCUCUCUCCUGCCACCUGGAAUACUUAAAAUGUGAUGUUCAAGGCAACGAUAAAAUACACGAAGAGGAUGCCAUGGAAGGUUACUGCUAUUGUUGUUGCCUAAACAAACAGACGUAAAC